AUGGUUCAAGUAAGUGAAGUUAAAGACGCUGGCGCUGGCAAGCAAGGUUCGACCCGCACAGCAGCCCACACGCACAUCAAAGGGCUUGGUUUAGAUGCUCAAGGUGUUGCGAAAGCUGUAGAAGGUGGCUUCGUGGGUCAAGUGGAGGCUCGUGAGGCUUGUGGAGUGGUUGUAGACUUGAUCAAGGUCAAGAAAAUGUCAGGAAAGGCGAUUUUGCUAGCUGGUGGUCCAUCCACUGGUAAAACAGCAUUGGCUCUCGCCAUUUCACAAGAAUUAGGCCCCAAAGUGCCGUUCUGUCCCGUGGUAGGAUCAGAACUUUACUCGGUAGAGGUGAAGAAAACCGAGGCUCUCAUGGAAAAUUUCAGAAGAGCCAUUGGUCUGCGGAUCAAGGAGACCAAAGAGGUUUAUGAGGGAGAGGUCACAGAGCUAGCUCCUCAGGCCGCAGAGAACCCGCUAGGCGGUUACGGAAAGACCAUUGCACACGUUAUCGUGGGCUUGAAGUCUGCCAAGGGUACGAAAACUCUACGAUUGGAUCCUACGGUUUACGAAAGCAUCGAACGUGAAAAAGUCAGCGUAGGUGAUGUCGUCUACAUCGAAGCUAACACAGGCGCUGUGAAGCGUGUGGGUCGUUCGGACGCUUACGCCACGGAAUUCGACCUCGAAGCCGAGGAGUACGUGCCAUUGCCCAAAGGUGAGGUUCACAAGAAGAAAGAAAUUGUGCAAGACGUAACGCUGCAUGAUCUAGACGUGGCAAACGCUCGUCCUCAAGGUGGUCAGGAUGUGGUGUCUAUGAUGGGCCAGCUCUUGAAACCCAAGAAAACAGAAAUUACUGAAAAACUAAGACACGAGGUCAACCGCGUUGUUGCCAAAUACAUAGACCAGGGUGUUGCGGAGCUCAUUCCGGGCGUUCUAUUCAUCGAUGAAGUCAACAUGCUAGACAUCGAGAUUUUCACAUAUCUGAACCGCGCUCUUGAGUCGUCCAUCGCACCAGUGGUGGUACUGGCAUCUAAUCGUGGCCUCACAACUGUACGCGGCACAGAUGAUAUUGUGUCACCCCACGGUAUCCCACCAGAUCUAGUUGAUAGAUUGCUCAUUGUACGGACGCUUCCAUACUCGAGAGACGAAAUUCGCACCAUCAUUGAGAGAAGAGCUACAGUUGAGAAUCUGAAGAUAGACGCAGAUGCACUAGAUUUGCUCGCAAACAUGGGGUCUCAGACCUCCCUUCGUUACUCCUUACAGCUAUUGUCUCCCUGCGGAAUAUUGGCAAAAACUGCCGGUCGCUCGGACAUCACACUCGAUGAUGUCAACGAGGCUAAACUGUUGUUCCUGGAUGCUAAGAGAUCAACACAAAUAUUACAGUCUAGCAAUAGUUAUUUAUAG